AUGGCGAACGUACGGGACAGCGACAUUUCCCUGUGGCUACACAAUAAGCUUGGAACAUCAAAUGACUCGUGGAUUAGCGGUUCUAUCAUAUCACAGCUGAACAAGGAAGUGCUGCGGAACAUUAAGGAGUGUUUUUCGGAUCUUCAGACGCAGGUGAAGCUGAAAUUGCUGCUCAGUUUUUUCCAUAUUCCGCGGAGGAUCGUCGAAGAGUGGAAAACCGAGCUGGACGAAGUGAUUGAAGUCGCUGGCCUAGAUUCAGAACUAUGGGUAUCGAUGAUAGCGGAAACGAUCAAAACUCUCCCGACGACCGGUUCGCUCAAUACAGAAAUCUCCGACUACGAAGAAACGAGGCCCAUUUUCACCGACAUGGUCAACGAGCUGCGGAGGUUGGUGGUCAAGAAUGCCGAUCUGGGUCUGCUCCCACUCGAAUGUCAGUAUCUCAACAAAUCCGCUUUGGUUUCGGUGGUCGGCCAACAGUCGACCCCGGUUAAGCAUUUCACACUAAAACGCAAACCCAAGAGCCAGAAUCUGCGCGAAGAACUUGAGCAGAAAUCGAAGGACGCCCAGAGCUGCCUGAAGAAAAUUUCCGCGCCGACAGUGCCUUUGAGAUCACGAGGAAUUCCACGGAAAAUGACUGAUACGACCCCGCUGAAGGGAAUUCCCUCGAGGGUUCCGACCGGUGGAUUCCGCUCGCCACCUACAUCACAGGGACCGAAUCGGCCCAGUCUCAGUCGAAUGCCCGCCGGUAGGAAGGAAGGUGGUGUUAAAUUGCUUGAAAUCGGAGAACAACCUUUAGGCUACGCAGCCGCCAAGAAGCGAAAACGAGAACAGGAACGUGAAGAGCAGCAAAAGAAAGCCGCCGAGCAAGCUAGUGCACAAGCCAGUCAGGAUGUGAAACCAGUGAUUGCUGCUCCUACGACAUCUACGGUGACAACAACGACUCCGGACUAUGCUGCCGGUCUCACCGCUAGUACCGUCUAUAGUCAACCUGCUACCCCUAUGCCGAAUACUACGGUCAAAGAAACGGUCGUACCGACGGCUGCACCGCAAGCAAUGCAAACACAACCACCUCAACCUAUGGAGAUCAAGCAAGAAAUCAAGCAGGAGAUCAAAUCAGAACCCAUGCUAAGUAGCACACCGGUGCAAACCAUUCCGAUAGUGUCGUCAACUCCAAUCCUGCAGCAGACAGUGCCUCCGGUUCCUCCUUUGGCUUACACUACACCUCAGCCGCAAAAACUAAUCACUAUCAAAACGGAACCAAACGUUUCGAUUCCGAUGGCCGUUUCCUCCAAUCCACCAUCGCUGGUUCGAUCUGUCACGCUUCCUACGACUACGCAGAUCAAAUCUCAUCCCCAGCAGCAUAUUCAACAGCUUCCAACCGUUGCUAGUUCUGUACAAAUGAUUCAUCAUAAUACCACCGGAACAACCAUAGCAAGCAAACCCGCUUCUGCUCCUCCAAAGAUCGAGAUCAUCUCGUCGAAAACGAUCCAACCGGGUACGAUACAGGCAUCGAUCCCAAAAUCAACUACGAUCAUCAACCAAGGUGGGAAUAUUCUGUUCACCACGAAACAACUUCAACCCAGCACUACAUCAUCAAGUACCGGAACGAUCAUCCAGCAAAAGCAGGGAACCUAUGUUCUUAACACCUCCCCACCUGGCAAACAGAUCAACAUUCAACGACUGAUCUCCAAUGCAAGCUCAACCGCCACUCCAACCCUGACAACGACCAUUUCCCGCGCUCAGCAUCAACAGCAGCUGAUUCAAGCUCAACAGUUGCAAACCCAACAGCAGUUACAGCAACAGCAAAGCCCACAACCAACGACUCCCACCCGGAUUGUUCAGAUCAAAACUGCUCCGACGGUUUCUCUUAACAACAAUCAACUGUUGCAGAACAUUCCUCCAUUAAUCUCAACGCAACAUCCGGGCUCCGGUGCUCAGCCGACCAUUCUAAACAUCCAAACCAUACAACAGCAACAGCAGCAGCAACAUCAACAGCUGCAAAUCCAACAGCAACCGACGACUCCUCAGAAGCGAACCAUCACGAUUACGGCGCAGAAUCCGCAAAACAACAACAUGAUCGCCACGUCGGUCGCUCAAAUUCUGCAGCAGCAGCAGUUUCAACAGCAGCAUCAGCAGACCAUCCAAACGACUUCGAUCGUAACGGGAACCACUCAGCAGCCCAAGUACGCCCAGGUGGUCAUGUCCCCGAACGUCAAGGGCAAAACCAUAUUCCUAACCAAUCCUUCGAGCAUCCCGAACGUGCUAAACCAAAAAGGCGUCAUCCUGCGCACGGUGGACCCCUCGGGAAACACCGUCUAUCAGCAGAUUCCCCUUCAAAACGUGUCCGGCUUGAGUGGUGCCACCAUCAUCAGUGGAGGUCCCCCGGGUUUGGUUAAAACCGAACCCGACACCAAACCCCAGCUCAGUCAAAUUCCGGCUCUGGUUCCCACGAGUUCCCUACACCAGAACAUCCCCGCUCUCACGCCAGUCGUCAUUCAACAGUCGCAACAGCAACAGCAAGUUCAGCAGACUUCGACUAUCCCGGCACUGAUCACCAACAUCUCCCAGCAAGGCCAACAGCAAGCACAGCAGAUCAAAACCGCGCCGCAAACGAUGACAAUCAUCCGGCCGGUGGGCGGAAACAACGUACAAACAGUGCUUCCGCAGGGUCUGACGCUAAUACAGCGACCGGGCCAGCAACCGCAGCUAGUGCAACUAAACCAGGCCACCGGUGGCCAGGUACAGGGACAGCAACAGCAACCACAAACCAGGACCAUCAUUACGCAAAUCCCCCAGCAACAGCAAAUGCAACAGCAACAACACCAGCAGCAACAACAUCAACAACAACUACAGCCGCAGCAUACGAUACAAUUUCAGGCGGCGGGAGCCCCGCGGGCCGGAGGCACCACCAUACAGCUGGUGCAGCAACCACAGCAGCAAGAGCGCACCAUCGUACAACAGCAACCACAACAGAUUCAGAUCCAGCGGACACAGAUUGCCCAACAGCAGCAGCAGCACCAGGGCACCACGGUCACCAUUCAGCAGCAAAACGCUACGGCUGUCGGUCAACAGCAAACACAACAGCAAGGCACUCGCAAGGGCCUAUCCUUAUCGAACAAACACGUCAUAGAAGCGCACGACAUGUUCAAGCGGGCCAACCGAGUGACCCGCCUGGAGAAGGCACUGAUUCUCGGAUUUAUGGCCGGCUACCGGGACAACCCGCGGCCAAACCCGGAAAAUGUCGUCACCAUCAAGCUGAACGAGAGCAAGGAAAAGGUCCUCCAAGCGGACGACACCCAGGCUCUGAUGUUGGUAGAAUCGCUUAUCACGCUGGACUACAACACCGGCGAGUGGAAAACGUUCCGGAAGUAUCGCGAGCUGGAUCCAUCGCAGCAAAACGAACCGGGAACGGCUGGUCAAGCGGCAGCCCAGCAAAACUCGGUGGUUAUUUAAUAUUUAGCGUAGCAGAAAAAAGCGUGAUAGCAGAAGGAAGGUAGUGUACAAUAGUGAUAAGAGUGAAUCCAAACAAUUAAAUGCUUAGGAAAAGCGAGGAUGCGAGAAUGAAUGGGACGGUGCGUGUACCUAUUUGUAUUUAUAAACAUCCGUUAUGUUGUUUUCUUAUCAAACGAUAACAUCUCUGUUGUUGUACUUGCUGUGUAUCGACGGCAUAACAUAGGCAAAAAUGUGCAAAUAUCUAUAUUUUCAUCUCAUGAAAUAAAACCUACGCUGUAAAAGGGCAGUUAGUACUGUAUGCUUAUAUAGUGUGAGAGUUACGAACGAUAAAACAAUAGGACAGGAAAAGUGCGAAACAAGCAUGUAUUGAACAAUUACGCUGAACAGAUAAUGUUAGAACUGCAAACACAAUAGAAGUUACAUUUCCGAGCAAGAAAACGUUACAUCCAGUUUUAAUUUCUUAUCGAAACGCAGGCUUUGUAUCCCAUAUGCCUAGCCGAGGGGAUGCUGUAUAAAUAUUAUAGACUUUAAUUGGAGUGCACUUGUUGAGGAGGGAAACGAGUUCUCGGCCGGAGGUGGGUCGUUUCCUGCGAAAAUAGGCGUAAGAAAUCAAUGAUCAGUGCUUGAGAAUCUAACCGUAGAGGACAACCAUGUAAGCAGUUAAGGGACGCCAUGCGUGUUGUAUGUAGUGUAGAGAACGGUAAGAGACACACAGUAGUAGUUUUUAUUGGUAGAAAAAUGAAAUAUUGAGUAAUUCUGUAAUUACGACGCUAUUCUAAAAAAAAAAAAAAUUGCUGAAAGUAAACAAAAAAAAUCAGAAGCAAAAUAAUAUUGAUUAUUGAAAUAUUAUUUUACCAUCUAGGCAAAAGUACCAUGAAUGUGUAUAUUCCAAGAAGCGCAGCGUAUACAGUGCAAGAAAGUGUAAAACAAUA